AGCAAGAGAAAUUACGUUUCCUUGUUCUUCUCAGAACAUUCUUCAAACUGUUAUAAUUAUUCUUAGAAUAAGCCUAAGAUUAUUUUAAUCAAUAAUUAUAUAAUAUUCUUCCAUGAAUUCAGGUAACCAACGAAAACACAGAAAUAUUUUGUAAGCCUACAUAAAUACUGUCUAAUUUGAAGAAGAAACUCAGCAGAUGUCAGGAAAUAUCAAUUCAAGCUAACAAUUCUUUGAUUAUUCCAAAAAGUAUAGUUCAUCUUUAUUUAGAAUUAAAACGAUCGACAAAUUUUUGAGGGAUCUUCAGAACCUAAAGCAGAUGCCUUUCUAUAGAAUUGAAUGA